GGUGAGGUGGUUGGCAGAUGGGCCAGCCGCGUUGUUUCCCUCCUGUCACGGGCAGGCACGUGGUUAUCGCUGCUCUGUGUAGCUGGGUGUAUUUGUUAAUGAUUACAUUGAGCUAUCACUGCUUUUCUGUCCAAACUUACUACUGAUCGACUUCAGGAACGGAACAAGAAAACAUGAGCGGCAGCAAGGAGCUAAGUCCAGACUCCGCCCCGUACCACUGCUCAGCAUGUCAUGGGGACGAGGCCUGGAGCGACGUGCCCCCCACCCGGGGCCGGGCCAAGGCCCGCAGCCUGUCAGCGUCGCCAGCCGCGGGCAGCACCAGGGAGUUCAGGAGAACACGCUCUCUGCAUGGGCCCUGCCCAGUGACCACUUUUGGACCAAAGGCCUGCGUGCUUCAGAACCCCCAAACCAUCAUGCACAUCCAGGACCCUGCGCGCCAGCGGCUGACGUGGAGCAAGCCCCCCAGGAGUGUGCUGGUCAUCAAGAAAAUCCGGGACGCCAGCCUGCUGCAGCCCUUCAAGGAGCUCUGUGCACACCUGGUACAGGAAAACAACAUGGUCGUGUACGUGGAGAAGAAAGCCCUGGAGGACCCGGCCAUCGCGGGUGACGAGAGCUUCGGGCCGGUGAAGAGAAAGUUCUGCACCUUCCAGGAGGACUACGACGACAUUUCCAACCAGAUAGACUUCAUCAUCUGCCUGGGGGGGGACGGGACCUUGCUGUACGCAUCCUCGCUUUUCCAGGGCAGCGUGCCUCCGGUUAUGGCCUUCCAUCUGGGGUCCCUGGGCUUCCUGACCCCAUUCAACUUUGAGAACUUUCAGUCUCAAGUCGCUCAGGUGAUAGAAGGGAAUGCUGCGGUGGUUCUGCGCAGCCGGCUGAAGGUCAGAGUGGUGAAGGAGCUACGAGGGAAGAAGGUGGCUGUCCACAACGGGCUGGGCGAGAACGGGGUGCCUGCCCCGAGCCUGGACACGGACACAGGAAAGCAAACCAUGCAGUACCAGGUCCUGAAUGAGGUUGUCAUUGACCGAGGCCCCUCAUCCUACCUGUCCAAUGUGGACGUCUACCUGGACGGGCACCUCAUCACCACUGUGCAAGGGGACGGAGUGAUCGUGUCUACCCCGACGGGCAGCACAGCGUAUGCAGCCGCCGCAGGGGCCUCCAUGGUCCACCCCAACGUGCCGGCCAUCAUGGUCACACCCAUCUGCCCUCACUCGCUGUCCUUCCGGCCCAUCGUAGUCCCUGCGGGGGUCGAGCUGCAGAUCACGCUGUCGCCAGAGGCAAGGAAUACCGCGUGGGUGUCUUUUGAUGGCCGCAAGAGGCAGGAGAUCCGCCAUGGAGACAGCAUCAGCAUCACUACCUCUUGUUACCCACUCCCGUCCAUCUGUGUCCGCGAUGCCGUGAGCGACUGGUUUGAGAGCCUGGCCCAGUGUCUGCACUGGAAUGUGCGCAAGAAACAGGCCCAUUUCCCAGAGGAGGAGGAAGGCGAGGAGGAGGAGGGUGAGGAGGAAGGCUAGACCUUGUCACGUCCAGGCAGGGGCCCGGGUGCUGCUGAAGUCUUCAUUUUCUUCCGCUGCCCUGGCACACGGGGAUCCCAGGCAGGCAGGUGCACCUGCGGCCUCCACUGUGGCGUCACCACUGCCUGAGCUGCCUUUUACUGACCAGACAAGCUACUUUUUAACAUUUUAAAUCUGUCUUCUUGGUAUUUCUGAA